AACCUGGACAUCGUGGUCUGCCUGUUGUAGGACUGUUAUUUCAGCAGAGGGCACUCCUCUUCCACAACAAGAUGCUGGCUAUGUCCAUGAGCUGCCAGAAGACCACAGCUGAUCUGCCCAGUCUUCCUCCUUUAGUUAGGCCUAUAAAGAACUCAUUGUGCUAUAGGUGCUUGCUGAGAAGGUGGCCCAAAGAGCAUCGCGUUUCCUUUUCAGCAACAAUGUUUCUGUAUUCAUUUGUCUUGGGCAAAGCUGGUGCAGUGCUGCAAGAGCAAAGGUGCAGGAGUUCAUGGCCACCACAAGGUGACAGCAGAAAUAUGGCAGGGUCGAGGCAGGUGCUGAGGAUUGCAGGGUACAGCCAGUGACUCAAAGGGAGAGGCACGUUGUUUCUGACACAGUGGGGCUGGUUUGUUGGGUGGCAGUGAAUAUUUCUCCAAGGUGUCUUCUAAUUCUGGGUGCCAUGUUUGAAGUUCUCAGGAGCUGCCUACAAAGGCAAUCAAACGCACGCUGUAAUUAGAUGGGAGCUCUGAGACAAAUUGGAGACAGAGGGAGACCUGGCUUCACUCUGAAUGUACCAUCAAGUCUGACAGAGCGUGAAAAUGGGAGCUGGUUUGCCUGAAAUGCCACCAUGUGACACUAGGGAAGCUCAGAGCAGAAAAUGGUCCCUUACCUUCAGGCUACCUGUGUUCCCCUCUAAUUCCUUUCAAAGCACAACUGUUGUCUGCUGAUACGAUCUCAGCUAUCCCACAGCAAAUGCUGGAUUGUUCUGGCCAGGAUGGCUUAUUGACUGCUAGAGUUUAAUCCUGUCUGGAGGAUUACAGCUCCCAGGAGAAGAGAGACUGUUUUUAUUUUUCAAUAUGCAGGGGAUAAGAUUUGAUGAGUAUCAGACAUCUCAUGGCUCUGUUAACUUGAUACACCCUUCCUGGUUACUGCCUUCGUUUUGGAAACCCAUUCCAGAUGAUGACUGUCAUUUUACACAUACAGAAACUGGUUACUUCAUUCCCAUCCCUCCUGCCUUCAUUCCUUACUUUGCUAGGAAUGGGUAGCAUAUGCAGAGCACCCUCCCUCCCUUUUCUGCUGCAGAGACAAGCCCUGCUGUCAGCCCUCAAUCCUCCCAAGGCUGAGGAUUAGCUGUAUCACAGAUGUCGUGGUGAUGCUGGAGCUGGGAGCCACAAAGCUCCCCCAGACCUGCAUAGAGUUUGCUUUGGGACUGCUUGCCUGUGCCCUGUCAAGUCUCAGCUCAGACUGGGAACAGCUUGGGGCUAUCGGUGUCCCCAGAUGGUCUUUCUUUUGUCUUCCCUUGCUCUAAAGAUUUGAUCUCUUUGACUAAUGUGUUGUCUUAAAUAUUUCUUUUCCCCAUUACGUGGGCUAUUUCUACUUCUCCCCGUGUUCUCAGAGAGCUGGUUGCUUUCCGUGGAGAGAAUUUCUUUUUCUUUCACAAAUUAAGUAACUUGGCUUAGAGUAGCACCACAUCAGACACGUUCUUUGAAGCAGCUAUAGCAGAGAAAGAACUUGGCACUGAUGUUGUUCUCGACACGAUUGAUGCGUGCGCUUCGCUUCCCUCAUCUCGCCUGUCUUUGCCUAGAAUAGACGUGUUCAGCAAGCAGGCAAAUUUAGAGCUGUGGGGAAGGGGGGAGAGGCUCUGCCUGGUCCCUGCAGCGCUGCUGAUGGAGGAGGAGGAAGGGAAACUUUGAUGCAGGAGGCUCUUGGAGGAGACCAGCUGCACAGCAGCCAGGUGAGCGCUGCCUUCCCGGCUGCUGUAAUUGCCGAGCACCUCCUGCCUCCUUGCUCUGAGAUGAAAGCCGUGGGGUGUGCAGGGAAAGCUCAGCCUCUUGUCUGAACCUGUCCUGGCUCUUAAUAGCCACUGGUGGGGCCUGCAUUCAAAGACAGGUAUCAAAGAAGAGCUGGAAUAAGUGUGCAGGAUGCUGGCAUUCGUCUCAGAAAGCAGUUUAGUUCAGGCACUGAAUUGCCAUGGUUGGAGCACAACAAAUUCUGUUUUUUUGGGAGCAAAUUGCAACGUGCUAUCUCUGGAGUCCUGCCUUAAUGUCACUGCUCUGACACCUUCCCUGCUGUACCACCUCUCAUCACCACAUCUGUGCUUGGGUUAGAGGUGCAUCCACUUUGCUGGGGCUCAGCACGUCUGCAUCCUGCUUGUGUACCUAACCUUUGUCGCCUGCUGUUCAUCAGCCAAGCGUCUGUGGCCUGAGCAUCAUCCCGACUGUGCUGCAGGAGCAGAUGGAAGGUGUUUGCUGAAAACAUUUGGCUGACCCAUUAGGAAGGAUGGAGGUCAGGCCGUGGUUCCUGACGUAGGUUCUUUUCUUAGGGACUUUUUGCUUCUGACUUCAAAGAAAUGCCUGCUUCAGUUCCCUCUUUGCUUCUAAUGGAACUGACAAGGGGAAGCAGUAACAGUGGGAGUUUUCAGCAAUAACAGUAGCAGCUGUUGAUACUCCCAUGUUUUGGUAAUCUUGUUAUUUGUUGACUUGUUUCUUUGUUGAUUUGUUGAUUUGUUUCUUGACCAUCAAUGCAGGAGUGUCACACACACAUGCAGGGGUUGGGAUCUAAGCUCUUUACCAUAUGUGCCCUUCUUUGGCCCUGCUUUGGCCACCUUGAUGGCUUUUCCACCACCUGCCUUGUUUCUGUUUGCCUAACACAAUCCUGAGCUGACUGUCCCUGUGGGGAUCCAAGUGCUGUUGUGGGAGGAUAAUUUUCCAGCAGGAAGGUGAAAUGGAGACAAAACAGAAUCUCCCAGACUUCUGCUAUCCCCCAUGCUGUGUGAUGCCCAACUUCACCUCGUCUGCUUUCACAAUGAUGCUGGAGUCUUCCCACAUGUGAAGUGAACACAGCAAGACCCCUUCCAGGAGCAGAAAUGCACAUUUGAGGCAGAAUUUCCAGCAAGGAAGGAAAGUUUUAGUGAUGCUGGGCCUCCUGGUCAGGAAUCAGGAGAUGAGUGGCACCACUGAGCAGAAAUCCAGGCCGUGCCGGGAAGCAGAGCAUGGUGUUCAGGAACAGAAACACCAAGAGUUCCAGCAGGUUCACUGCGAGCCUCGGGCCAGCGUUUUGCAUGGAGAUGAAUGAAGCCAUCAGAUGCCUACCUUUCAUUUGGAGAAGUUGGAAUGGAGGAAAAAGGAGAAGGGAGGAAAAAAAAAAUAAAAAUGGGAGUGUCGUUGAGAAGACCCCGCCUUCACUUCUUAUUGGCCCUGUGUAUAAGGCAAGCAAUGCGGCUGCCAGCCGCACUGGCUGAGGAUCUGGGCUCUCUGCAGCACCGGCAAUGGGCAGCAGGUCCCUGCUCGCCCUCCUGGUGGCCCUGGGUGCCUGCCAGCUGGCUGUGCGGGCAGCAGGGCGCUCCAAGGUGAACCCCAGGAUCGUCGUCAGUCCCCGAGGUGAGAGGGAGUAUACAUUUCCCAGGAAUGAGAAGUACCCGGUGUUCUAUCAUGAAACAAACAGCUCAAGCAUCUACGUCGGGGGAGAGGGAAUCCUUUACUACUAUAACUUUGCAACCUCUGAGACCUACCCGGUAGAGUUCCCUGUGGAAAAUGGAGCACAGUGUUUGAAGCCUGGGAGCCCGGAGGACAAUAAAAACUUCAUCACCUUAAUAGCAAAGCAUGGAAGUGAGAUGUUAGUGUGUGGGACUGGCGCUUGCAAUCCCACCUGCUGGCACUUGACAGAAAAGGAGAAGGACUCUCCUCAGGAUGGCAGAGGUCUUGCUCCUUUCACUCCUGAUACAAAUUCCCUCGUCAUCGUUGACUAUCCUAACAUCUACUCUACCAUCAAGAAAAGCCAGCAGAAUGGCAAGAUCCCCCGCUUCCGACGAGUGAAAGGGGAUGGAGAACUCUACACAAGUGACACAGUGAUGCAAAACCCUCAGUUUGUCAAAGCCACCACGUUAAGGCAUGAAGAUCCUUACCAGGACAAGAUUUACUACUUCUUCCGUGAAGACAAUCCAGAUAAGAGUCCUGAGGCACCCAGAAACAUCUCCCGAGUGGCCCAGCUGUGUAAGGAAGACAAAGGUGGAACCAGUUCCCUCUCUGCUUCCAAGUGGACCACCUUCCUGAAGGCCAGCUUGAUUUGUGUCGACCCGGCCACCAAGGGCAACUUCAACUGGCUGCAGGAUGUCUUCUUUGUCCCUGCAAGUGACUGGAGGGACUCCAAAGUCUACGGGCUCUUCACAAACACCUGGGGAAGCUCUGCUGUUUGUGUCUAUUCUUUUGGGGACAUUGACAACGUGUUUCGGACAUCCAAACUCAAAGGCUAUAAUGGUCCCAACCCAGAGAUCAAGCCUGGGCAGUGUGUUCCCUUUGGACAGCACACCCCAAGUGAGACCUUCAAGAUAGCUGACAGCCACCCAGAGGUAGAGAACCGAGUGGAGCCCCUCGCGCCCACCAGGAGCCCCUUAUUUCACAACAAGCACCGCUACCAGAAGAUUGGGGUGCAUGAGGUCUCUGCAAGUGAUGGACACCAAUACACCGUGCUUUAUCUGGCAACAGACAGGGGAUCCAUCCACAAGGUAGUAGAGCUGCCAGGGGGAGUGCAUAACAUCAUGGAGCUCCAGGUCUUCUCAAAGAAGGACCCGAUCCAGUCCAUGAUCCUGGACCACGAGAGGGCGAUGCUGUACGUGGGCUCGAGCAGGAGAGUGGUGGAGGUGCCCAUGGACAUGUGUGGGGUGUACCGUAACAACUGUGAGAGCUGCCUGCUGGCCAGGGACCCCUACUGUGGGUGGGCCGAUGGGCGCUGCCAGUCCAUCUAUCACAACCGGGAGGUGCGUCAGAACCUGAACCUGGAGCCGUGGCAAGGAAAGUGCCAGAAGGGUGAAGUUAAGGAAGGGCAGUGUGUGCCUCCUGGGGAUUCCUGUCUCAUGCCACCCUUCCCAACCUCUUCCAGCAGACAGCUACCAGAACGUCACCGUCGUCCCCGUCGUCCCUUUCUCUCGCUACUACCUCAACUGUCCCGUCGAGUCCCACUAUGCCACCUACAACUGGUACCACAACGACACCCUCAUCAAGACCUGCAACAACACCCACCCGCAGCCGGACUGCUUCUACUUCAUCCAGAACGUGAGCCACACUCACUACGGCCACUACAUCUGCGUCUCGGAGGAGGACGGCUUCAGGCAGGCUCUGGUGAAGGAGCACCUGGUGAACCAGCUCAGGUUCAUGUCGCAGAAGGGUCAGGCCACCGUGACUUUGGCAUCCUGGCUGCAGCUGCUGCUCAUGGUGCUGUUGGUGGAGCUCUUCCACUGAGCACGACACGGCCGCCUUCCCAACUGCUGCCACUCUUCCUGCACUUAACGUGAGGCCAGACCCUUGCUCUCAGUCACUCCUUGGGCACUAACCUUUGACUGUCCCCAGCGGUGUCCCGGCUCUGUGGGCAGCAACUCUUCCAUCUUCGGAGUCGAUGUGAGGAAGAGGCAGCUACAGGGCCGGAUGGAGCAGGGUUUGGGGCCAGGAGCGUCCUGUCUCAAGGGGAACGUUCACUGUACCCACAGGACUGCAGCCUGCCCCCAGGCACGCGCUGGUAGCUCCAUACUGGUGGUCCUGAGCACGCACCAGGUGCAGACUUUGUUCAGGGGACUAUGCAGAUGUGCAUGCACUGAUCCUCAGGGCGCAACGGCUCCUCUCUUUGGGAACGUGCAUGUGAUGAAGAGGAGGAGCCAGCCCUUGGCCUUUCGAACUGGUUGGCCUGCGCUUCUCUCCAGGGUGUUAGUGGCUAACAACAAGCCCAAGGGGCGAGCAGCUGGGAUCUUCCCAGUGUCACUCGUGGGUCCCGUUCUGCUCUGGAAGGGUUUUGUUGGUUGUUCAGAGGGCUGUGAUGUGGGAGAGCGAGCGGGAGCUGGCACUGACAAACUGCAGGGAAGGGCAGGCUCAAAGUUAGCGUUUUGCAUGGAUAAGACUUGGAGGAUGACUUAGCUAUAGAUUCGGGGUGUGGGGGAGGACAGACCAAAGGGCCCUAAGAUUUCCUAGAGACUGGAAGGAGAGGUGGAAGCCCCCAGGAGGCCCUGGGGAGACGUUAAACGCACAAAUCCGUGCAGGCAGCUAGGGGCAUCGCUCUGCGGACAGCCCUGCUCCCAGUGCCCCUUUCCCCUUGGGGAGGGACUGGGCUUCCUCAGGGAAAGAGGAGCCAGGCUGUGGGGCUCAGGGCUUCGCAGCCACUUCCACCCCUGGGUGCUGCAUGAUGAGACAGGGGAGGGCCAGCACCCCCCGCCCUGAGCUCUGAGGCCUCCAAGCAAGAUUAAACUGUGAAAUAUGGGAUAUUGUCCCUGUGCCUGUGCGCAGAGGGUGAUCCCACACCUUGUCCGAGCCUUCCCCUGCCCUAUGGACUGCUGGAACUCCCCCAGCCUGGUGGGCAGAGUGCUGGGCAGGCUGUGCCGCCAGCUGAGCCUUGUGGUCUUUGGGCAAAGCAGGGGGGGGUGUAGGCAGAGCAGAGCUUCCUACAGCACUACGUUCCCACACAACCCCCAGAGCCUAGCAUAGAGCUUCUUACAUCUCUUCUCAAAGCACUUUAACUUUGUCAACUAACAAAUGACCUAUUUAUUAUCAACGAGCAAUUGCUGUACUUGUCUAAUUUUCUAGCGUGGUAGAAAGGCGGGCUCAGAGUAGAGAAAGGAGGGAAAGAAAACAGCUACCAAAAAACAAAACCCCUUUCCAAGCUGUGACCAAAGUGAGAAGGUGAUCAUUGAAAUAAAGAGUGGACGAGA